UAUCGAAAACAAAAUUUGAUGGUUCAGGCUAAAUCAACACAACAAAUAUACUAAUAAAAAACAAAAGAAAUAACAAAAUGUUUCAACGAUCAUCGACAAAGCAACAACAACAAUUAGAAUCGAUUUGUUCGCUUAGACGAAGCGAUUCUUCGCCAACUUUUACACGAAACAAAGAUGAAUCACUUGUACAUAAAUCAAAUAAGCCUGGUUUAAUGGAAUCAUUAUCAACAUCAUCGAUUACUGGCUCAUCCGAUAAUCAACAACAUCAUUAUCCGCAACAAAAUGAAAUCAAUGUUCAAUCAAAUAAUGCCGGCAGUAAAUUAACUAGAACGGGAUCAAAUCCAAAUAAUUAUAAUGCUAAUAAAACACGACGUUCAUUUCGUUGUUCAGUAGCCAAAAAUGAUGUGGAAAUGAAUGAAUCGAAUCAUACACUUCCGUUAUCAAUAAAGCAAUCAUCAUCAUCAACAACAACAACAAAUGAAACAGCAACAACAACAACAACAACAACAACAACAACAAAUUCUCGUGCCUUGCAACCGCAUUUAUCGAAUGUUCCUGCCGUACCGUAUCGUCGUGUUCCUUUACGACAUCAAAGUAGUCUGAAUAAUGAUGAUGAUAAAAAUCAACAACAACCACAAAAUCAACAUGAAAUGUUGAAAAAAACUUCAUCAUCAUCAUCUUCAGCAACAUCAUCAUCGACGACUAUUUAUCAAACACCGAAACAACAAUCUUCAAGUGGUCGUGAAAACGAUGGAACAUUCGACGUUGGUGAAUACCAUAAUCAAACCAAAAUUGAUACUACGAACACGACCGACAAUUAUAAUCGUAAUAGUGUUUAUAAUAUCAAUAAUAAACAGCCUUCGAAUCAUUCAUACAACAAUCAGACGACAAAUUCACGUGAAAAUUACCUAAAUUUUUCAACAUCUACCGAAACGAAUACGAAUAAUAAUAAUAAUAAUAAUAAUUGCCAUAAUAGGCCAUCAGCUUUUCGUAGCAAUUCAUCUGCUAGUUCAUUAUAUCAAUCAUUGAAUUCCAACAAUAACAAUACACAACCAUUAAAUUUAUCAUCAUCACCAACUAAAUCAUUUGCUGGGAGCCCAAAUCUUCGCCAAAGACGUGGUGCAAUGGUCUCCUGUGACAAUCUUUUAGCCGACAGUCAUGAACUGUUUGGCGGUCUUGGUGGUUCGGAAAGCACAUUGAAAAAUUUAAAAAAUUCAAGCCGUAAAAUUGGUGGUAUAUUUUCUAUACCAUUUAAAAGUGAUACGGAAAAAAUGGAACAAUUAUCCGAUCUGUUAAAACAAUAUACAGAAAAUGGUAUACCAGAUCCUAAACAUUUAUCAUUCGUUGCUAGUACGAAUAAAUUAAAUCAUUUAAGAGCAUUAUCAUUAUCAAUAUCAAGUAUGUUUACUGGUGGAAAUAUUAGUCCCAAUACAUCAACAGCGAUAAAUUCGACAACGCCUACAUCAAAUAUGUCAUUAUUAUCGACGGCUAAAACUUCUUUAUCAACUACGGAUCUUCAUCGUUUACAUAAUAAUCAUUCCAAUAAUAAUCCAUUAACAAUGUUAUCUCAUCCACAACAACAUCCAGGACAAAUUUUAUCAUCCACAUCAUUUGAUCAAUCGGUUGAUUCAUAUUAUUAUUUAGAACCAGAAUGGCGUUCAAUUGUCGAUAAUGCUGAUCAAUUAUCCGCACGUAUACAAAGUCAAAAUGAAGCUAUAUGGGAAUUAUUACAAACAGAAGUGUUCUACAUUCGUCGCUUAAAAGUCAUCAAUGAUGUAUGCAUAGCCUGUUUAUUGAAUCUUCAGAAUGAAUGUCUUCUCACUGAGAUCGAUGUAUACAACGUUUUCAGUAAUAUUGGCGAAGUAUACGAAGCAAAUCAUCAUUUUUGGAUGCGUUAUUUGUUACCAAUGUUAAAUCAUAGUCGUGAAACAAAGACACCAUUGAAUCCGACAAUGUUGGAAGAAGGAUUUCUUCAGUUUGAUCAGAUAUUUCGCCCAUACAUUCGGUAUUGCUUGGAGCAUAGUAAAUGUUUACAUUAUUUAAAAGAAAAACGAAAAUCAAAUGCUUUGUUCGAAGAAUACAUAUCGUGGUGCAGAAAACACAAAGAUUGUGAACGACUUGAUUUGAUGGGCCUAUUGGUGAAGCCAUUCCAGCGUCUAACAAAAUAUUCAUUGUUAUUGAAAGCAAUUCUAAAUAAAACUGACAAUGAAACGCAUAAAGAUUGUCUCAAUAGAAUGAUACAUUGUGUGGAUCGAUUUGUAAGUGGAAUUAAUGCCUCAAUGUCAAGAAAACAAGAAUACGAAGCAUUAUCUGCGGUCGUUAGCCGAAUCGAAAUUUAUGAUGCUAUUGAAUGUAGCAAUGAUGAAGCUGAAAAGUUUCUUAAAGAAUAUUUAGAUCUUGAUCUGAUGCAAACAAUGCCCGGAUGUGCACCACAAAAAAUUCGGCAUCUAUAUCUUGAAGAUACGCUAAAGCUAAAAGAUUCUAUCACUAACAAACAAGAUGUACAUUGUUUUCUUUUCACUGAUGUAUUUCUUGUUUGUAAACCAUUAAAUAAAAAAAGCAGUGAUAGUCGCAUGAAAGUCAUUCGACAGCCAUUUAUUAUCGAUAGAUUAGUGGUUCAUGAACUGAAAGAGAGUAGCGGAUUCUUGUUGAUCUAUUUGAAUGAAUUCAAUGUGGCUUGUACUUAUAUGUUAUUGUUCACAUCGGAAACACGAAACUGGGUCGAACAGAUUAGAAAAGCACAGGAAGACUAUCGUAGCUUUAAAUUUUCAUCUGUCGAACCGGAGCAUUGUACUACAUAUCAGAAUAGCUAUGAUGAUGAUGUGAUCUACGGAAAUGAUCAUCAUCAAUUAUUCACUACAUCACCACGAUCAUCGAGCCGAUCAAGUCUGAUUCAUUCACACAGUGGUUCACAGGAUAUGAAUGAUCAGCCAAUACAAACUACCAGCCAAACAAUGGUUACUAAUGCUCCACAACAUCAAGUUACUUGUAAUCAGCUUUCUAUUACACAACAAUCGCCUAGAGCUAUCAGUUUUGAAUUAGGUGAUCUUCGCAAUCCUAGUUUAGUAGUCGAAGAUACCGAUUCUUUUGCACGUUCACAAUCAUUUGAUAAUCGAUCACCGGUUGUUACGAUCACAUCACCACGACAUGAACGUCGAGCUUUUCUAUUACGAAGUCAACAACAACAACAGCAACCGCAACAAUCAUUGCAACGACAAGGCGUCAACAACAAUAGUGGUUGCGGUAAUCAAACCAGUGUUGAUAGUAACGGUUCAUCAAGUUAUCUCAACCAAAAUAGUCUUUCAGUCAAUGUUCCUUAUGUUCAGCCAGUCAAUUCUGUAACGGUUCAAUCACGCCAAACUCGAAGAUCUGUACCAAAUAUUUCGAAUAUGAACACCGGGAACCAAAACACUAUCACAUUGAACGAACCUAUUCCUACUUGUCAAUCGAGUCAGAAUAGCCCACCAACAGCAACCAUUCAAGUUGCCGUUCAUCCGCCACCACCUUCUCCAUCACCACCACCACCAAAAAGAUCACCGACAAAAUCAAUUACGAAUCGACCAUUGCCACCAUUACCACCUCAUGUCACAACUGUUUCACCACCUUUACCAUCUUCUCCGCCACCACAACCACCACCAUCAUUGAUGUCGAUUAGCUCACGAGGAAUACCUAAUCCAAUGACAAUGACUGUCAAUAAACCACCAUUGAUAAAAACGAAAAAUAUAUCGUAUGGUGCUUCCUCAACGCCUGAAACUAAAUCUGUCGAAGAUGCUAAUAACAAUAACAUGGUACACAUAUCAGUUAAUCAAAAUAGCUCUUCCGAUAAAGAAUCGCCAUCAGCUACAUUAUCAUCAGAAUUAGCUGGAUCCGAUAAUAAAAAUGAUGAGAUGAAUAACUGUGACAAUGCAAAUGAAGACGAUACAAAAAACAAUCGUAGUCCUCAACAAAAAAGAACUUAUCGACCAGAUCGUCGUUAUCACACAGCUGAUUCAAUCGAUCAUCUCAAAAAAGAAAAAGAUAAUUCCAUUCAUAAACGUUUGUCAUGGAAUUAUGGCAACCAACACCAAAAACAGCAAAAUAUUCAGUGCCCUUAUCAUCAUCAUCAUCAACAUCAUCAGCAAUCACAAAAUGGACAACAACACUGUUGUGGUGGCUGUAAUUCUGCUCAUAAUUGUUCUUCCGGUGGUCAACCAUUUCAAUCUCGAUCACUUGCAUCGUCUCAUCAACAACAAAAUAAAUGCCUUAGUACAGAAUCUGUUUGUUGUUCGAGCGGCUUUAGUAGUACCGGAUCAGUGCCAUUAAGUGUAGGAAGCGUUGUAGAUAAUCAAUGCGAUCAUUGCAACUGUUGUUCAACUGUUCAUCAUUUGCAACUACAUGAAGAAGAUGAGGAUAUAGAUACUGAUGUGGUAAUGAAACGUGAUCAUUAUCAUCGUAAAGCUACAAGAAAACCUUCCACUUCAUCGGAUCGUGAUUCGGCUCUUCCAAUAAGUCCUUCAUUGAAUGAAUCGUGUGGAAUUCAAAAUUCACCUUCACCAAUAUGUUAUCAAAAUGAAUAUUCAAAUUCACAAUGUAAUAUUGUUGAUCAAUGUGGAGCUGAAGAUAUAUCUAAGUCACCAGCAGAUAGUCCCGAUAUAAAAAUCGAUGUACGUGAAAUGAAAGAUGGCAUAUCAUCUGUUCAGAUAACAUUGACAGGUGGAUCAAAUACAGUAACACGACCAUCAAAAGCCGAUCUUAAACGUAUGAAAGAAUUCAUAUUUUCAAAUUGUAAUUUGGAAUCCUCGGAAGUGUGAUUUCUUGAUAUUGGUUAUCGCCUUUUCAAUUAUUCAUUUAUAUCCGACUCGAAAAUUGGAUGGAAAUUUAACUUGAUUCAUGUUUGUUUACUUUUAAAUGAACAUGAGUGGAAAUAUUUGGAUCGUAU